AUGGAUGAAAGUCAAAAAAGUGAUAAAAUCAAAGUUUUAAAUGUUUUCCAAAAUGAAGAAAUAGCAAACAAAUCACCAAUUUCCAACAAGUUCGAGUUUGAAAAGGGCGUGAUAAGGAAUGCUAUUGUUUCAUCAAGCUCGAACAGAUCCAUAAAAACUGAAAAUGAAAAAGUGAAAAAAAAUAGUAUAAUAUUUAGAGAACAAUGUGAAUAUUGUUUGACUGAUUUUUCUAUAAGUGGUCACUUAAUAUUAACAAGAGAAUCCCUACUAUUUGAACCUGAUUUAAGAGAUAAAAAUGUUAUUAAAAAUGGUUUAGGAACCUAUCAAAUAUUUAUUGAUUUAUAUGAUAUAUAUGAAUGUGCUCAUAUUGUUGUACCAACCAAAUAUACUUAUCUAUAUAAUAAUGAUGAUACAUGUGGAUUUAUUCAAGUUUUAUUAAAGAGUAUAUAUAUUGAGGAUAAUAAAAUUGUGUCAAAUAAAAAAAGUAAUAGCAAUAAUUAUUUUUAUACAAAUAGUAGAGAAAAUAGUAGUAGCAGUUUAAUUAGUCCUACAUUUGGUAGUAGUAACAAUAAUAAUUUAUACCAUUCAAAUAAUAAUUAUAAUGAAGAAUCUAAUAAACAAAAUGGAAUGUCUUAUUAUAAAUAUAUUAGUAAAAGUUUAUCUUAUGUAUUAAAUUUAGCACAGCCUUUAGUACAAAAUACUCCAUUUAAAGGAUACAGAACAGAUCAAACAAAUACAUCAAAUGAUUCAGUAAAAUUAGCUAAGCAUCUAAAUAAUAAUGGCAUACAUAAUUAUAAUAAAAGUGAACUAGCCAAUGAUACAUAUCAAGGAGCUAGCUAUCAAAAUGAAACAAAUAAAAAAACAAAAAGAAAUAGUUUUAUUAAUUUUGAUAUAUUAUCACCUAAAAAUAAUAUAAUUAAUCAUAUGCAUGAUAGUGAUUUAAAAAUUUAUCAAAAUAUAAAUGAAAUUAAUUAUAGUAAAGUUAUAUCAUCACAUCCAAAUAUAACAUAUAAAAAUAAUUUUAAUUCAGCUAAUUAUUCAAGUUACAAUUUUAAAGGUGAUAAUAAUUCAAAAAAAAAUUCUUAUCCUUUUAUAAAAAAAAAUAGUAUUUCACAAAAAGUUGAAAAUACAACCUCAUCAAGAAAAUCAGAUCCAAAUGAUAGUACUAUUAAAAAUAAUAUACUUACUCAAUUGAAUUUACAAAAUUCUAAUAAAACUAAUACUAAAAUUAAUGAAGAGAAUACAGAAAAACAUGAAUUAGGUAUGGAUACUCCCAAUGUAAGAAAAGGCAAAACGAGUGUAACUUCGCAAAAUGGUGAAUUUGACAACCUCGAUGAAAUUGAUUAUGUACAUGUAGAUCAUAUAAAAAGGGAAGAUGCUCAUAAUGUAGUAAGUGAUAAUACAAAUUCUUAUAUAAAACAAUCUCAAAAUAUAAUUGAAAUGUUUCCAAAAAAAUCAAUAAUUAAAACAUCAGAUGGAAUUACAUACACCAAUGAGCAAGACAAGAAAAUUAUAAAAAUAAAACCAUUACAUGGACAUGUAGAAAAUGAUGAAUUACAUAAAAAAGGAAGUAAAAAAUAUGAAGAAAAAUGUUUUAUUUUAUUUCGAUUUUUUAAUAAUAAUACAGCAUAUGAAACAACAACAAAAAUAAUUACAGAAAUUGAUAAUGUAAAAAAAUCAGAAAAUAAAAUUAAAAAAACAAUAACUUCAGUCCCAUUUACAUCAAAUGUAUUAUUAAAAUGUAUAAUCAAACAAUCUCUUAUAUAUAAAGAAUCAGUUGAUUUAAGACAACAAAGUUUAACAUCAAAUCCAAUGAAUGAUAUGAAAGAUUUUAAAUCUUUAGCAUUGGAACCUAAAUUAGAUUAUGCUAGUGAUGCUGUCAAAUUAUUAACAAAAGAUAUGUCUAAACAAAUUAAUUAUUAUUUACCUCCUACUUUAAGUAUUAAAGUUUGGAAGCUAGCUUUUUGUUCUAGUAUACAUGGUGUAUCCUUUAAAACAUUAUAUAGAAGUGUUGCCAACAAAGGCAGCAUUAUUUUAUUAAUAUAUGAUAUAAAUAAUGUUUUAUUUGGUUGUUUUCUUGAUAAAUUGCAAUGUGAUACUUGUUACUAUGGCUCAGGAGAAAAUUUCCUUUUUACUUUCAAAGAUAAAUCACAUAACACAAAUUAUGAAAAAGAUAUAAACAAACAAUCUCAAAAAAAAACAAUAAAAAAUAUGACUAGCACAAAUGAUUAUGAUCCCAGUAUAUGCGACACGGACACAGAUAAUUUGGGCAUGUCAAAUGCGUCAUCUAAAAAAGAUGAUGAGGAAAGUGAAAGAGGACAUUCUCAAACAGUAACAAAAAUAAAAGAGGCUACAAAAAAUAAAGCUUCUAUAAAAAGUGAUUAUAUAAUUGAUUCAGAUUGUUCUGAACAUGAAUCUACACCGGUUAAUAAACUAAAUACACAAUAUGAUGAUAAUUUAGAUGAAUUAACUAAAAAUAAUUUAAAUCAAGAAACACCACAAAAGGAUAUUGAUGAAUAUGCUAGCAAAUCAAAAAAACAAACACAUUAUUAUGAUUCCAAAUUAAGCAAUAAAAAUGAUAAAAAUAAAAACACCACUAUUAAUAGUAGUGAUAGUUAUGAAACGAAAAAUAAAAAAAACUCAAUUGACAAUAAAUUUAGUCGUGACACAAUGAAUGAAAAAAAUAAUGAUAAAGCUAAUGAUUCACCAUCUAUUCAAGUCUAUAAUUGGACAACACGAAAUAAUUAUUAUGUUUAUUCAGAUGAAAAAUCUAUAACAAUAGGAGGUGGUGAUAAUUAUGCACUAGUAAUUAAUGAUGACCUAUCCAAAGGUCAAACCAACAAAAGUAGUACAUACGAUAAUGACUUAUUAACAUAUGAUGAAGAGUUUGAAAUACAAUUUUUACAAUUAUGGAUUUUUGAUGACACAUAA